AUGGCAAGCUGUACAAAGUUAAACUGUAGAGAUUGUAUGAUCGAUAAAAAGCUUUAUAAUACAGCACACUCAAUUCUACACUGCAAAUCCACAUGUGAUUUUAAUCAAGAUGAAAAAGAUGAUGUUGAAAUAAUACCCGACGAUGAUUCUGAGACCGAAGCAAACCGGCCAAAAAAAAGAAGAGAAAACGUUGAAACUGAAUCUGCAACCCAAAAGCAGAGAAAGUUAAAAUCAAGCGUGGGUUCGCCAAGAAAACAGAGAAAGUUGAAAUCAUGCGCGGAAAAGGAAAAACAAGGAAAAUUGGGAUCUACAUCUACAAAACCAAAUCCCAAAAAAGCAAAAAACUUUAAACAAACAGAAUUCUGGACAAAUUCAAAAGAUCAAGAGACACUAGAUAAACUUAAAGAGACCAAACAGUACGCAUAUUAUUGUUUUAAAAAAAUGGAAGAUAGCGAGUUAAAAUGUUGCAAUCAAUGUAUUAAAAAAAUGAUACUUUAA